AUAUGCCACACGCCACACUCAGCCAAGUAGAACCAGCACCAGUUCGGUUCCGAGGUGUCCAUCUCCUCCAUCUCAGUGGACUCCUCCUCUGCCGCCCUGAUAGCUAACAUAGCUAAAUCUGAAAUGAAUAAGUGAAGAGACGCGAACACCUUUGGCAAAUAGCAACUACAACAGAUGAAAACAUGGGGGCAGCAAGGUUUAUAUUCAUGUGACAAAGCUAACGUGAAGCAAGUGUUUUAAAUGCAUGGUCGUGAGAACCUUCCAUCCUGCAAAUAAAUUCAAAAAAAUACAGGACAUUGCCAUAGAGAGCUAGCUAUCAUUAGCAACUGCCGCACCCGACUUUUGUUAGCUCUUAAUGGGUAUCUUACCGGUUUCCAGCCUGUGUCUACCUGGAUCCCUUUCCUUAUCGGGAUAUAAAUCCUUUAUGCAUUAUGAAUCACAAAAAAUUACAGACUCCGAAUGACAUCGGGUGACUGUCGCUACAUAACAUUUUCGUCUUCUUAUGCGUUGUUUACUUUUAUUUCCUGGUUCGUCACGCACAUUACGUCAGAGCGUCCAUGUGAUAUAAGCCCUCCCCUUUAUCCUAGAUCAAGUAGCCCUGAGUUUGGCCUGUCAGGAAAAAGUCUGCCCAGAUACCGCAGCAGAGGUGGAAAAAGGACUCAGAUAUAGUACUUAAGAAAGAGUAUAAGUACUAUAAUGUAGGAAUACUCUGUUACAAGUUAAAGACCUGCAUACAAAAUCUUAUUCUAGUAAAAGUUAAAAUUGUUGGCAUCAAAAUAUAGAAGCAAAAACAACAGUACUUAUUUUGCAGAUUUCUGAAUAAUAUAUCGAUUUUAAUAAUUGAUGCAUCAUCUUCAAUAACUGUGUUUACUGUAAGGUAGCGUGUGUAUUUACUCGAGUUAUAAACAAAGUCAUAUGUAUGUGUCCAAAUCCAUGUAUUGGCGAAUCCAAAUCUGCAUAAUGAAGUAAGAGUACACAAUGUCCCUCUGAAUUGUCGUGAAGUAGAAAGUAGCAAGACAUAGAAAUACUCCAGUAAAGUACAAUUAGCUCAAAGUUGUAAUUACAUACAGUGAGUACUUGAUUACUUUACACCACUGUACCGCACCCAUAUGAUUGUAAAAAUUGUACAUAGAUUAUUACAUUAAAGGUUGUGAGUAUAAAAGUACUCAUCUAGUACAGUGCCUUUGCAUAGAAAACGAGUAUUGCGCAAUUACAUUCAACCAGUUUUUAAUUCUCUACAGUUUGCAGUUGACAGUAGUUUGGAAAUACAGUAGCUUGUCAAUCAACUGUAUACUUUAUUUGAUUUCUUUAUCCCAAUCCUCUACUUUUCAGAGAGAAAUAUUGAAACCUACUUAUUAUUAUAUUAUAUAUCACCCAUCCCACGAUGUAAAUUUAAGUAUUUUUUACAGGGGUCCAGCCCAGGAUCCGCCCAUUUUUAGAAGAAAGCUUUUUCUUUAUGUUUCUCUCAAUCAGACUAUAGACGGCGCUCACUGCAGCUUACUGACUGAGAGAACAUGAAUGAGGAAAUAGCCAAAGGGGCUCCUGCUCCAGUCUCCGGGCCACAUAAAGGCAUUCCUUUGGAGCAGGGUAAACCCAGGGAGAAAUGGGCCAACAAGACGGAGUUCUUGCUCUCCAUGGCUGGAGAAAUCAUUGGCCUCGGGAAUGUUUGGCGUUUCCCCUAUUUGUGCUACAAAAAUGGAGGAGGUGUCUUCUUCAUCCCCUACUUUGUUUUCCUCUUCUUCUGUGGCAUCCCUCUGUUUUUCCUGGAGACGGCAUUGGGCCAGUACACCAGUGAGAGUGGGGUGACCGCCUGGAAGAAGAUAUGCCCCAUGUUCCAGGGGGUGGGGAUUGCAUCCGGAGUGAUAGUGGUCUAUUUGAACAUCUACUACAUCGUGGUGUUGGCAUGGGCUAUCUUCUACCUGUUUAACUCCUUCAAAAGCCCUUUGCCCUGGUCCACAUGUGACAACGUGUGGAACACUGAACGUUGUCACGGUCACCAAAGCGUCUUUGCCAACCCUGAAUUGUUUCAAGCUGGCUCAAACUGGUCGUUCCUACACAACAUCAGCUCACAAGACUACUUUGAAUCCUUUACCAAUAUCACCAUGGAGGACAUGCAAUACCCCUCGGGCAUUUCACCGGAAGAGGAGUUCUGGGUGCACCGUAUGUUAAGGAUGUCCGAUUCUAUGACUUUGGGAAAUCUCAACUUGGACCUGGCUUUGUGUCUCCUCCUUGCCUGGAUUAUAUGUUACUUCUGUAUCUUUAAGGGAAUCAAAUCCACAGGAAAGGUUGUGUACUUCACAGCUACUUUCCCCUACCUGAUGCUCUUGAUCCUCUUUUUCCGUGGAGUGACGCUCCCAGGAGCCGGAGAGGGACUAAUAUAUUACCUGUAUCCAGACUUCAGCAAGAUCGCUGAUCCAAAUGUAUGGCUGGAUGCAGGGACUCAGGUGUUCUUCUCCUACGCCGUGUGUCAGGGAGUCCUCACCUCCCUGGGGAGCUACAACAAAUACAACAACAACUGCUACAGGGACUGCAUGGCAUUGUGUCUGCUGAACAGUGCCACCAGUAUCUUUGCUGGCUUUGCUGUGUUCUCCGUGCUGGGAUUCAUGGCUAAUGAGAUGGGCGUUUCGAUACCGGAAGUUGCGAGUAGCGGUCCUGGUCUGAUCUUUAUAGCUUAUCCAAAGGCUCUGUCAAUGCUGCCUGGCUCUUCCUUCUGGGCUGUGCUCUUCUUCCUCAUGAUCUUCUUCCUGGGUCUGGACUCACAGUUUGUGUGUGUGGAGAGCUUGGCCACAGCCAUCACAGACAUGUUCCCAGCGCAGAUGAGGAGGCGCGGCCGCAGGGAGAUCCUGGUCCUGGUCAUCGCCGUCUUCUGCUUUCUGCUGGGGCUGCCAUGCCUUACUGAGGGAGGGAUGAUCGUCUUCCAGCUGAUUGACACCUAUGGCCCCAGUGGAAUCAGUCUCCUUUUUAUUGCUUGCUUUGAGUGCAUUGUCAUUUCCUGGGUGUACGGUGCGGACCGUUUCUAUGACAACAUUGAGGACAUGAUCGGAUACAAACCAUUCCCCGUGCUGAAGUACUGCUGGAUGUUCAUCACGCCGUUCAUCUGUUGGGCCACAUUGAUGUAUGACUUGAGUUUAAAAAAAGAAUUCUCCAUUAAUGGUUAUAAAAUCGGUCCACAUUGGGGCAUAUUCAGCACGAUACUUGUCCUCACUCCACUGAUAUGCAUACCAGCAUUCAUUUUAUUCGCAAUGUGCAAGACUCCCAAUACCAUGGCUACACCAUCCAGUGAUCUGCGUCAGGCUCGGCCACACAAGCCCAUUCUCACGCUUUGUAAAUGGGCCAUCUUCAAGGCACAGGCGCCACCAAACAGGCCUGUGGAGGAGAACAGUGUGAAGAGGGAGAUGGAGGAACCCAGCAUGGUUUGAUGGUCAUUAAAAAAAAAAGACCUCCAGUUAACUAUUGUGCAUAUAGAAGUCAUCCUUAAACUGUACAAAUGUGUGACAAAAACACAUUUCUUUAUAUUCAAACUUUUACAAAGGUAUUCAGGGAUGUUUUUUGUAAGUUUUUUAUAUCGGUACUCAAGUAAACUUUUUUAUAAUAAUUAAAAAGUCUAACAUAAUCAUCAUUUUUGCCCUUAUUGUCCUAAUGGAUUGCAAAAGUAUAUCACCAAUUGUAUAAUACUGUACAGUAUGACCUACAAUCGAGAUGAAAAAAAAAAAAUCAAUAUUGAUGCAGCAGAAGCAUAUAUCAUUUUUUCCCAGGCAUUCUUCUUCUUCUCUUGAACCUAGGGCCUACAUUGCCCAGAAUGCAUCUUAGACAGAAUUGGGCGUGUAAUGCAAGUAAUGGAGAAGACUAUUACGGGUUGGACCCCCUUUUGCCUUCAGAACUGCCUUAAUUUUGGUCGAUAUUGACAUGAUAGCAUCAAGCAGUUGCUGCAGAUUUGUCGGCUGCACAUCAAUGAUGCCAAUCUUGUUCCACCAAGUCCAAAGGUGCUCUAUAUGAAUUAAAUCUGGUGACUGUGGAGACCAUUUGAGUGUAGUGAACUCAUCGUCAUGUUUAAGAAAGCAUAUGGAGAUGAUUUGAGCUUUGUGACAUUGCACAUUAUCCUGCUGGAAAUAGACAUCAGAGGAUGGUCAGGACAUGGUCAGCAAUGAUGCUCUGUGGUGUUUAAACCAUGCUCAAUUGGUAUUAAGGGGCCCAAAGCAUGGCAAAAAUAAUAUCCCCCACACCACUACACCACCACCACCAGUCUGAACCGUUGUUUCAAGGCAGGAUGGAUCCAUGCUUUCAUGUUGUUUACGACAAAUCUUGACCCUACCGUCCUAGUUUGAUGAGCCUUUGCAAAUUGUAGCCUCAGUUUCCUGUUCCUAGCUGACAGGAAUGGCACCCAGUGUGGUCUUCAGCUGGUGCAGCCACUCCCCUUCAAGGUUUGACGUGUUGUGGUUCAGAGAUAGUCUUCUAUACCUUGGUUGUAACGAGUGCUUACUGGUUACUGUUGCCUUUCUAUCAUCUUUAAUCACUCUGGCCAUUCUCCUCUGACCUCUAACAUCAACAAGGCAUUUUUGCCCAGAGAUCUGCCGCUCACUGGAUAUUUUCCCUUUAUUCUCUGUAAACCCUACAGAUGGUUGUGAGUGAAAAUCCCAGAAGAUCAGCCCGUCUGGCACCAACAACCAAGCCACGUUCAAAGUCACUAAAAUCACCUUUCUUCCACAUUGUGAUACUCUGUUUGAACUUCACCAGGUCUGCUUGACCAUGUCUACAUGCCUAAAUGCAUUGAGCUGCUGCCAUGUGAUUGGCUAACUACAUAUUUGCGUCAACGAGUGGCUAAACAGGUGUACUUAAUAAAGUGCCCAGUGAGUGAACACUGAACCCUUUACGGUUUUAAUGGGAUAAUCAUUGUUUUUAACUGAUAUAUCUCCAUUUUAAGACACUCAACAGGAUAAUUAUAGUUUUAGAAUAGAUAUGCACAUUAUCUGCAAUUUAUACAAUAUAUUUGUGUUGAUACCUUAGACUCUAUAUAUAAAUAAUGCAGACAAUGCUGAUCUCAUUAAAAGUGUCCCUAUGCUCAA